UGUAGGACUAAACAGACAACUUCUGCCAACAUCCUCCUCACACGAAUACUUUACUCUGAAGCCUCAGACCCCAGCUACUUUACAAUAUCCUUUGUCCAAACAGGGCAUCAUAUCGACCAUAUUGCCUCCGUUCGUGGUUCAGAUUCCAAAAUGGCUAUGUACCACCAAUACAGAGAUCUUCCCCAGAUCCCAUCUUUCUCAGAGGACACUUCAAAUGCUCAGUGGAAUGAUCAGAAAGGCUACGCACAAGCUCAAUUCCAUACAGAGAGCGACAUCCAUUACAAUGGAGCAUACAGUAUGACCACCACAAACAUGGGAAGUGUGGAGAGCUUUCUCGGUGAUCAACCGUUCUUCUCUGGAAGCCUUUUCCACCCUGCGGCUCCUCCAAUGAUACACAGCCAAAGCCAAAACUACCAGCAGAUGGGUUACUGGCCAUCUCCACAGUAUCGACACGUUUCUCCAGCCAGUACAAUGUCAGCCUCCGGAACGUCUAGCUACGCGACUCCGAAUGAAGUGCAUUCGCCACAUCAUGUGCAUACCUACGGCAGCCCAGAUGAUUUUACCCACAACCCCUUGCCCUAUUCUGGCGGGGAGUAUUCGAGUCAAACACACGCGCUUGAGCUGUCAUCUAUGAUGGGAGGAGGCAGUAUCAGCUUACGCGAUCUUGAAUACCAACAUGAGCCUGAUAUGGAACUCAUUGUGGAGGAAGUUGAAGCGGUUGGCACGGAAAUCCAGUCUACAUUCCCGGCAGAACCCACACUUGCACAGGUGGAUGAACCCGCCGACACCGAGGCUGGUAGUCCUCUGAGAGAGGCAGAGUCAGUACAGCCUAUGACCAAAGAAGAAGAAGAGGAGGAGGAACCGUCUUCGGAUACCGAAUACGUGCCUAGGAACUCGUAUAGGAGCAGACGGUCAUCGGGCUCCCACAGUAAUUCCAGAAAGCCUGUUCAGCGUCGAAACACACAUCACAGCAGAAAGAAUUCCUCUCCAAAAACAGGCUCUGGCAGGAUCGGCAAGAAACCCAACCGGGCCAUCGCCUCAGUACACCCAGGAAAAGUGUCCACAGAAUCGCAGAUUUCCGGAGACAUGCAAAGACAUUUCCCAUGCCCUCUGUCGCCAUACGGCUGCAAAUCGACAUUUAUCUCCAAAAACGAAUGGAAGAGACAUGUUAGUACACAGCACAUCAAACUUGGAUUCUGGCGCUGUGACUUGUGCACUCCUACAGUGGAUUCUCGUGAUGACCGAACGAUCUAUUUCAAUGACUUCAACCGUAAAGAUCUUUUCGGUCAGCACCUCCGUCGAAUGCACACUGUGACCAACCCAUCGAACCGAAAUCAAAAGGAACAGCCUGCAGUUACGGAGAACAACAUUACAGAACACCAGCAGCGGUGCUUCAAAGUACUCAGAGAAACCCCUCCCAAGUCGCAGUGCCUUUUCUGUUCAGAUACCUUCUCUGGGCCGGUAUCCUGGGACCUUCGCAUGGAGCACAUUGGGCGCCACUUGGAGAAGGAUCGCAAAACAGGUGACCUUCAGCACACUGAUAUUGAGUCUUGGAUCGCUGAUCAUGACCUUGAACGGUGGCUUUACGAAGAGGGGAUUAUCACGCUCAAUGAGUUUGAUCAGUGGACAAUCGGCGACGGACAACCCAGACGACUGAUUGUGCCUUCGAACUAG